GUGAACCGCAGGCAACGGAGCGCACGGGAAUGCUACCCCUUCUGCCGCCAACAUGACCAAAAGUUUUCGCGGGCAAUCGUCCAUUACCAAUCCCCAAAUUUUCCCGCCAACAAAACAUGCACCGGAGCUCGGAAAUACCAAAACAGAAGAUUGAGUCGAAUUCUCGAAAUCCACAUCCAAACCCGUUUGAUUUGAUUUGAAGUCCAAUGAUGGCAGAGCAUGAAGAACAAAAUGCCGCCGAAGAAACCCACAGACCCGGGAUUCCAACCCACCGAGUCAAGAAAAUCAUGAAACUGGACAGAGAAAUCAAGAAGGUCAACUCAGAAGCCGUGUUUCUCAUCUCCAACUCCACCCAGCUUUUCCUCCAGUUCCUGGCCGAGAAAUCAGCUCAGGUUGUGUUAGAGAAGAAGAAAAAGACUAUAAAGCUGGAGCACCUCCGUGCCGCCGUCAAAAGGCAUCUGCCCACUAGUGAUUUCCUCCUCGAUUCGCUUCCGCCGCCUGCUCAGCCCUCCGAUCAACUGCCCAAGGAUCGGCCCCGUCCUCGCUCCAGUGACAAGCCUGUUCCGCCUGGGUCACGCAGGAUUGAUGCUUUCUUUAAUAAAUGUAAUUAGGUCUCUGCUAUUCUUCGGUUUUAUAUCGUCGAACAUUUGGACCCUGUAUGAUUAUUACCCCAAUUUCAGUUUAUUGAUGCCUCUUAUUAGUUUUUA